CUGUCUGCACAAGACCUACUUCUCAGCCUAUCAGCGAAGGGACGAGAUAGUAAAGCGAGAGCAGAGCUGAGGAGCGCUGAGUGCCUGCUCUGCUGCGCGGCGAGUUCCUGUCCGAGGGGAGCGAGCGAGGGAAGAUGUCCGGGCGCGGGAAGCAGGGCGGGAAGGCGCGCGCCAAGGCCAAGUCGCGCUCGUCGCGGGCCGGGCUGCAGUUCCCCGUGGGCCGCGUGCACCGGCUGCUGCGCAAGGGCAACUACGCGGAGCGCGUGGGCGCCGGCGCCCCGGUGUACCUGGCGGCCGUGCUGGAGUACCUGACGGCCGAGAUCCUGGAGCUGGCGGGCAACGCGGCCCGCGACAACAAGAAGACGCGCAUCAUCCCCCGCCACCUGCAGCUCGCCAUCCGCAACGACGAGGAGCUCAACAAGCUGCUGGGCAAGGUGACGAUCGCGCAGGGCGGCGUGCUGCCCAACAUCCAGGCCGUGCUGCUGCCCAAGAAGACUGAGAGCCAUAAAGCUAAAAGCAAAUAAACUCGGCGGGUCAAGCUACUCGAGACUGCCGCGAUGUAACAUUAUAAACCAAAGGCUCUUUUCAGAGCCACCCACCUAGUCAGAAAAGAGUUGUGUUGCUUUUUUUACUAACGUGCUCUGGUGCUGAAUUUUCAAUAAUAAGUUUACUUGGAACUCGCGUUGC